AUGAUACGAGCAGCCGGCAAAGUUGGCAAUAGAGGAAAUUACGGAGAAGCAGCCAAAGGUGCAACCGACGCGGCCCUACUUGAUUCCCAUUAUGUCAAAACAUGGGUAAAACGCCGGGAUGUGGAGCUGAAGCGCGACAAGGCGAACAACGCGCAUAGUACGUACCAGAAAGCAACUGAGCUUUUAGGUGACUCUGCCCUUUAG